UUCAGUCGCAGGUGUACUCGUACACGGGGCGCGUUCAAUCGAAGUGGUUGUGCACAAGCAAUAAAGGAAAAGCUCGCAUUUUGUGACAACAUUGACCGUCGACGGUAGUGGAUAUCGAUCGAGGGGAAUCGUACACGUCUGAGAGCCGACCGAAGGAAUCCCGUUCCAGUAAAUCUUUUAGUGAAUUUAACGAUUCUUCAAAGCCUAUCUUUGUAGGCGACGAAAACACCGCGGAAGGGCUGGGAACAUCCCUCGUGGAACAAGAAAGAAGACGAAGCGUGCAUGCUGAGACGACCGUCGUUUAGUGGCCCAUCCAAGAUCGGGUGGGAAGUCCUUAUGGUAGCUGAGGGGCGCGGACGAUCCUUCCCGAGCGAGAUCCGAGGGCUUAAGGGCUGGCCCCGUCGUUGGAUCCACUCGGCCAGCACCUAUAUUUAGAAGAACCAUGACCGAUAGAAACGAAAAUGUCCUAUGCGAAAAAGAGGGUGAAUCGAACGGUCAACCAGUCUCGUAUAAACCAGCGCGGAAUUGGAACAACAACGACAUUCGCAGCAACGCCAACGGUUCGGGGAUUGUGAUCAGAAGGAACGAAUUGAGUACAACGAAGGAUCUGAAUCAUUGUCAAAAAUCGGACAAUCGUUUGAGGGAUCAAAGGAACUCGAAUUAUCGAGCACCGAAAAAAGCGCCGAUAGUUGGCUGGCAAAAUGGGAGUCCCACCGUCUUUCCUAGUACACCCUGUCUCACGCCCGAUCCAGACGCCGUCGACUCGAUCGAAUUGUCCCAUUCACACAGCGUCGCCUCAUCCACGAAGAGUUCUGGUACCUGCCAGGACUCUGGCCACACCGAGGAUCUCAGCAGCCUAGCCGACGAGAAGCUAUUCGAAUCCACACCUGCUCGUACAAUCGACUGUAGCGUCGAGUCUUUGUCCCCCGACAAGGACACUUUCCUAACCACCUCUCCAGAAAUAUGCAGAAGCAAGGACCUCAGCUUAGGCGACGAUCUGAAAGACAAACUUGAUCUACUGAGCCCUGGCACCGAUUGUACAGAGGACAGAAUACCCCCCACGCCGAUCGACAACAGCUACCUGACUUCCCCGAACCUCACAAUAGGACCAAGCCCCACUAAUAGAAGCGAGUCCCUGGCGACGCACCCGUACGAUAAAAGCGUCGAGGCUCUCGAUCAGAAGUACAUCGAGUCCAGAGCGAUAAUCACUUCUAAUCCAGGGUAUCGGCAGCAUGACUCCAGAGAUUCCAUCGAUUCUGACAGCAUUCUGGAUCUGGAGGAAGCAAAAGGCAAAAGCGCAGAGGGUAAACCCAAGGUUCCCGAUGGUGGUUGGGGCUGGGUAGUCGUGCUGGCUUCUUUGGUCAUUUCCAUGAUAGCUGACGGGGUGUCCUUCAGUUUCGGGCUGUUGUACAUCGAGUUCCUGCACGAGUUCAGUGCCUCGAAAUCGAAAACCGCGUGGAUAGGGUCGUUGUUCAUGGCGGUGCCACUUUUGUCUGGUCCCAUCAUGUCCGCCUUGGUCGACCGUUACGGAUGCAGGAGCAUGACCAUCGUAGGUGGCCUGAUCUCGGGAUUCGGCUUUGUCCUCAGCUGCUUCAGCAACACCAUCGAGGUAAUGUACUUGACUUUCGGAGUCAUUGCGGGUCUGGGUCUGGGUCUGUGCUACGUCACUGCGGUCGUGAGCAUCGCUUAUUGGUUCGACAAGAAGCGAACGUUAGCUGUAGGUCUCGGUGCCUGUGGCACGGGAAUCGGUACGUUUGUCUAUGCCCCCAUGACGACCUUCUUCAUCGAGGAGUACGGUUGGCGCGGCACCUGUCUGCUCCUGGCAGGGACCUUCUUCAACAUGAUCGUGUGCGGAACGGUGAUGCGCGAUCCCGAGUGGUGGAUCCUGGAGCAGCAGAAGCAGAGCGGCACCACUCCCAAGAAAUCCAUCACGAAGUCCGAGUGCGACAGGUCCACGGCCAGCCCUGUGGACGAUUUUCCUGGUGUCGAAGAGCUGAGGAGAAUGCUGAAGAACGGUCACGCGCCCGAGUAUCUGUUGCAGAUUCUUAGCACCACCACGGAGGAUCCACACGCGACGAAUGGCGACAUCAAGUUCAGGAGCGUGGUCAACCUGCCUACUUUUGUUAAGCAUAAUGAGAAGGUGCCCGUGGAAGUACUGGAAUUACUUGCCAGUAAUCCGAGGCUUUACAAGGUCAUUCUGGAGAACUAUCCCAAUCUUCUAGCAUGCCGAAGCUAUUCAGACAAAAACCUACACGAUUCCGCGGGGGAGAUUGGCAACAAGAGUGUCGUCACCAUGUCUAUGAGGAUCAAGCAAGCAAACGACGAACCAAAAGUCGAGGACCCUCAGUUAGCGAGCAAUGUUCACUCAGGAUCUGCGUUUGAUUCCACUAAAGCUAACGUAACUAGAAAAAUAUCCAAAAAAGAAUCUGAAGAGGCUAAUCCUUUGUUGGACAAAGAAUUCGAACACGCGGCGGCUGAAGGGCGAAAAUCAAAAUCGGUGUCUAAACAACGCUUAGGGGAAUUGAACUGUGGCGUCGUCAGAACGGACUCGCUUCCGUGGCUAAGGAGACAAUUCAAUACGAAUACUCACUAUUUUAAAGACAUCAGAGUUCACAGGAACUCCGUCAUGUACCGGGGUGCUGUCCUAAACUUGCACAAGUACAGAUUAAGAGCCAGUAGCUGUCCCGAUAUUUAUAGGAAUAGUAUGACUACAUUGGCGAAAGAAAAUGAGGAGAAAUGGUACGGCGAGUUGUUGGAUUUACUGAAGGGUAUGAUGGACUUCUCAAUGUUCCUGGAGUUACACUUUUUAUUGUUAUCGCUGUCAACGAUCUUGUUGUUUACUUGGUUUAUCGUGCCUUACUUUUAUCUCGCCGAACACCUUACUAGAAACAGUUACUCGGAAUCUGACGCUGCGAAUCUCCUUAGUAUUAUCGGCAUCACCAAUACAAUAGGAAUGAUUGGCCUCGGUUGGGCAGGAGACCAACCCUGGAUGAACGUCAGCAAAACGUACACAUGGUGUUUAGUCGCCUGUGGUAUAGCAACAAUUAUGAUGUCAAUAUUAACUCCUUAUUACAACCUGUUGAUGGCCACUUCGGCGGCAUUUGGCCUCUUUUUUGCGAGUAACUUUAGCUUCACACCUGUUAUACUCGUAGAAUUAAUACCUUUGGAAAGGUUCACCACUGCCUAUGGCCUUAGUUUGUUGUGUCAGGGUAUAGGAAAUCUUCUUGGUCCACCACUAGCCGGUUGGUUAUUCGAUGUAACCAAUUCUUGGGACUUGUCCUUCCACAUGGCCGGUGGUUGGAUCAUUCUCUCUGGACUUUUGGUAGGACUGAUUCCUUACACGAAGAAUCGUAAGAUUUGGGGCGAGGGUCCUAUCGAAAUGGAACGCGAGAAGGAUUGUUUACCUUAAAUUCGUUAUUAACUGUGUUUUCAGCAAACCGAUAUUACCGUUACGAAAUUAAACGACGAAUAUGUUGAUCGAUCCCCUGCCAUAUAAUUUUCUUAACAUUCUUACAGCAGUGGCUUCGAAGUAUAAAAGGAUCGUGAUUAGGAUGAAUAUAAGGAAAGUAUUCAUACCUUGUCCCAGGUCGCUCUUCGUUUGUUAAUUAUUGUGCUAAUAUUGUUUGAAUCCUUGCUAUAAUUUAAGGAGUUACGCCACAAAAGAAAAUAAACUUUUUUGCAAUUAAGUGUCAAUAUAUAAUCAAAAUAUGGCUUGCUAAAACAAUCUGUUUUAUUUUAAACAUGUUCAUUUCUCAAAUUAAAGAGAUUUGUUCAAAUUAUAUAUAUUCUUCUAGAAAUUGUAAUAUUGCCCAACUUUUGAUUAACACUGAUUAAACACUGAUAACUCGCGCCUAAUGUAGACAUACAAAAUAUUUGACCAAUACUUAUUAUAUGUUUUAUUCGUAGGAAUAAAAUUCAUUUUAAUUAGGGACAUAGUAUUGUCCCUAAAAUAUCGUGAAAAUAACAUUUAUUUUGAUGGUCUAGUGUGGUGUAACUCCUUAAAGCAAUCUAACAAUGUGCACUACGCAGUUAUUACUUAAUUAAAUUUCCUAAACAAGUAAUAGUUUCAGUACUUAUCGGUCAAUAUAUUUAUAAAAUGUAUCAUACACUGAAUGUACAUAUGUUAAUAGUGUAGAAUUAUUUAAAAUCUAAUAAGAUGCAGUUAAUUGUGUUUGGUAUGCAGUAGAAAAGAUAUAGCGAUCGGUUACUUUGGAAUUGUCUUAUGGAAACUACAAGAAUUGCAAUCACGGAAUUGUCAAAACUGAACAAGAAAACAAUGAAAUAUGGAAGUAAUUCAACGAAUUUUUUUGCCUAGUCAUAUUGACCACGCCAAGCAGUCCAGAUUUCGAUACAAAAAUAAGAAGAAGAGAGAUUUAUCGUUACUAAAUCUUAUUAGAUAUCGUCUUUGGCUAAGUUUUUUGUUUCAUUAAAAUGACAAAACAAUCUUAUCUAUCGGUUCCAUGAAAUUAGUGAUUUUCCGUUUGAUUAACACACGUGAUACGCAUUAUUUAAGUAUUGAAUGACGCAAAAGUAUAUCUCUUGAUAAAGCUGAAAUAUUGUUAUUUUUAACGAAAAUAGAAUUAAAUUAUAGCACGA